GAAUCCAGCUCAACGUACAGCACACACUCGCGUCUGCAAACAAAAAACUCAAUCCCAAAAACUCCAUUCGAAAUGGCAUUCUUCAAAUCCCUGAUCUGCCUGGCCGUCCUGAGCGCCGCCUCCGCCGGAGUCCUCCACGGACAUGGUGCUGGUCUCUACGCCGCCGCCCCGGCCAUCUACGCCGGCCACGGACACCACGACGAGGGAAUCGAUUAUCAUGCCUACCCCAAGUACCACUACAACUACGGAGUGGCUGACUCGCACACCGGAGACGUGAAGUCGCAGCACGAGGUGCGCGACGGCGAUGUCGUGAAGGGAUCCUACUCCCUGGUGGAGCCCGACGGUUCGGUGCGCACCGUGGAGUACACCGCCGAUGACCACAAUGGAUUCAACGCCGUGGUCCACAAGACCGGACCCACCGUGCACCAUGCCGCCCCCGCCGUGGUUGCCCAUGCUGCUCCUGCCGUGGUGGCCCAUGCCGCUCCCGCCGUGGCCUACGCCCCCGCUGUCGCCCACCACGUGGCCGCCGCCCCAGCCGUUCCCUACGCCGGAUCCCUGGCGCAUCACGCCGCCGUGCCCGCCUACGGAUACGCCACUCACAACGCCCACGCGCACGUGGCCCACUACUAAGUGGAGCAGCUCCUCGAGCCGCCUCGAUGCACCACCUGCUGCUGCACCGCCGACACUCCACUCCACUCCACUGUUCUGUAAUUUAUUAAGCACGUUGACGACCUCACAAACGGAUUACCCGCGGAUCCACUGACGAAGCCUGCUAAAAUACUCAGCGUCCCAGUCAUGUCCUCAUCGCCUGUCGGGGAUUCCCCUCCCCGGCACGGCAUCUCUCUCUCACUCACACACACACACACAUUGCCGUCUCUGUCUCAGCUUUCGCGCAAUUCUCUUUUGGUUUGUUAGCCAAACUCCUCCUUUAUUGUAAAUACCGAAAGAAAGAAAAAGAACGAGUGAAGAACAAACGCCCAUCAUGCCACACGCCCACGAGAAGAACCAACCUGAAAAGAUGAAGAAAAACGAACAAAGCAAAAAAAAAUGAAUAAAUAACACAUGUAUUAUAAUAGAUUGCGUAUACUUUAAGUUUGAAGCUGAACUGCUGACAAUGCUAUAAAUACAAAAUGUAGAGAAUUACAAAAAUUCAA